AUGUCGGACGCAUUCGAUGUGAUUCCCUAUGAGGACAUCCAAGGAUCAUGGAAAAAACUAGGCUCCGGAUCCUUUGGAAACGUUUACAAAGGCAGCUAUCUCGGAAUCGAGGUCGCGAUCAAGGAGGUGCUGCCGUCCACGGAAUACGACGUGGCCAAGUACUUCGAGCGCGAAUGGCGGCUGAUGAAGGAAGCGCGGCACCCGAACGUCGUGCUCUAUCUCGGCCUGUCCCGCGCCCCCGAUCCCGACGGGCGCAUAUUCAUCAUCUCCGAGUUCAUCGAGAACGGCAAUCUGCGAAGCUACAUCUUCGACAAGACGAAGCCCUUCCCCUGGCGGCUGCGCAUCUCCUUCGCCACCGACAUCGCGCGCGCGCUCGCAUAUCUGCACGCCAGGAAGUGCAUACACCGCGAUCUCAAAGGCGAGAAUCUGCUCGUCACGUCGAACGGCCGCCUGAAGAUCACGGACUUUGGGUUCGCGCGCAUCGCCGCGCGCAAUGAAGACGAGCUGAAGCGCCUGACCUUCUGCGGCACGGACUCGUACAUGUCCCCCGAGAUUCUGCUCGGCGACGAGUUCGAUUUGCCGACUGAUAUAUUUUCUUUGGGCAUUAUUUUCUGCGAGAUUGCAGCUCGGAAGCUCGCCGAUGACUCGCAUUUCAAACGGACCCCGCCAUCCUUUGGGAUCGAUGAAGCAGAGGUCCGCGAGCGCGCGAGCCCUGGGUGCCCCGAGGGCUUCAUUUCUCUCUGUCUCGAUUGCUCUGCGACCGACCCGUCAAAGCGGCCGACUACUCGUAAUAUUUUGGAACGUCUUCGCGUUAUCGAGGCCGAGGUUCUGGCGCGACCGGAUGAGGCUGACACCAUGCACCUGGGGAGUGUCAAAUUCAUGACUGGCGGGAAACGCACGGGUGCCGCCCCGCGCAUUCCCAGCUUCGGUGUGGGGGUUGGUAAGGAUAUUAGGGGGAGCGGUAAGGAUGAUGAAAGCGACGAAAGCGAUGAUGAGUUGAUGGAGGCCGUCAUCGGUUUGUCGAAAGUGGAUCUCAACCAUAGUACCUGGGGUGGUUCGUCGAUGGCGAACGAGCCCCUUCUGAACCGGCCUUCAUCCUCGGAAUACAGCACGACGGUGGUUAAAUCCCACCCCAACGAAGGAACAAAUACGCAUCCACCGUCGCUGUCGUCGAUUCUUACUAUUCGACCCUCGCCUGACCCUAACGAUACCCCUGCCCCAGUCCUUCCUGCUACUCCCUUGUCGGAGUCCGUUAGCUCUCUUAAAGAUGGUGCGGACGCCCACCCGAAGGACACAACAGAUAUCCUGGGAACGAGCUCCAUCAUGUCUAUCGCUACAAUGGAUUCGUACCGCACCGCACCGUCAUAUUAUUCUCAACAAUCCGCGAUCUCGACGGCCUUGGCAACGGAGGGAGGCUCUACUAUUCGUUCUUUAUACCCCGCCUCUCUUAGUGCCACCAAUGGUCAACACAACGCUCCGCUUGUGCAUCGGUUUACGCUGCUGAAGCCUGGUGCUAAGCCCAAGCGCACCAGCGGCAGCUUCUCCCCGAAUGGCAACACGUCGCCUAACGGAGGUACUUCGGAAGGUCCCAGCACCGUCAACGAUGCUGCAGUCGGAUGGAAUCCCUUAGAGCUGUUCUUCGGUAGUGGUCUGCUUGUAUCGAAGUGCGAUCUAUGUACGAAGCGGUUGGGCUGGAAACCUGUUUUGGAAUGUGAUGAUUGUGGAUUACGGACACAUGUCAAGUGCGGAGAGCUGGCUCCUCGCGACUGUGGUCUCCGGCCGAUCCGCCCAGGCUUUGGGAUGUCCCCGUCUUUGAACGCUAUAGUAUCUUCGGCGGGGAAGGGCAAGCAGGCGGCGGCCCCUGCUGUUGCUGUGAAAUCCGCCAACAAGUCCCCGCCUAGAUAA